UUCCUUGCAACGCUCUUCUCCCAGCACACGAACCCAAUCGGGAAUGAUUCCAUUAACAUCUUAUCUUUACAAUGUUGAAUGUUGUGGCGGCUGAGACCUCACAGGAUGAGAAGCCCCAAAACACCUUGACAUCCCUGUUUGGCUUCGAAGAUGACUUUAACCAACACGGCUUUGACAAGGACAUUGGAACGGAAGGGAUUCUAUUGCUUGGCCCGUUAAAGUGCCAGACAUCGUGCAUGUUGUUUCAGUACGCGUUCAAACACGCACGACGGGGAGAAACUGUACUGUAUAUUUGUUCCAACAAAGAGGCUUUGCGGGCUACGCAGCCUUAUGUGCCCCUUGGAAGCUCUCCACCAACUCCCAGCGUUUUGGCUCGAGUUCAUAUUCGAUACAUUACCAGUUCCUACGCCUUAAGAAUGUUCUUGGCUUGGUUCCCACAUGUCACGUCAAUACCCGGUCUUCCUGAACUACCGGAUUGUAUUGUGAUUGAUGAUCUCUCGAGUUUUUUCGCGACUGGCCAAGCAACACACGAAGAAAUCUCUCGGACGAUGGCUCUGGUAAACCUUACCAUGGAUUUCGUGCGUGAGGAAAAGAAGAGCGACGUUUACGUGCUGGCGAGCUGUACUUCCUGUCAAUCAGUUGAAUUUCCGGAGUAUCAGUCCGCGCAAGUGUCUAUCGAUGCUGUUUGUAGGAGAUUCUUCAGAUGGACGGUGACGAUCGCGGGCGAUCAUCCCGACUUUACGAUGACCAUGGAAGAAUCUUCCGUUUACGGUGGUAGACUCUUCCGUCCGAGCAAUGGGACACCGCAUAGAGCCGACACGGACGAAACGGAUGCGAUGGGCGACAAACUUGUCUACCGAGUGGAUGAGGCGAAUAAAUACAUUAUAUUGCGUUAGUCUGUAAAGAUAUAUAUACAGUAUUCAGAGUUGCUUUAAUUAACAUCAGACAUGGGUUUGCCCAUCUUCGAGGACA